UUUUAACUGCUCCAUAAAGUUUCUGCCAAAAUGCAUCGUCUCUCUUUUGAGGUGAAUAAAUUUGUAUUUUCAAGACCGACAUUGCUUUGAGCCACACCUCUAAAAUAUUUCUUUCCAAUUCCAGAGUGUGAGAUGGGCUCAGGGUUCAGCUACUUCGGCGGAUCCUCUUCAUCAAUCAUAAACUCUUCAUUGCACCAAGAAGAUCCGAUUAUGUGGAUAGUUGUCAGAGAUGGAAUUUCAGAGGAAAUACGAGAAGAUACGUUUUGGGAGGGCAUGGUGAACAAUAUACAUAAUAGUUUAUUGAGUCCUGCAGUUAAUGUUCCAAUGGCAGUUGUGCUUUCAGGGCACUCAAUGACAGAAGAGAUAGGAGCACAUACAUGUGCACAGCAAGCAGCUGUAUCUUCUGAAACUUCAAGUGUAAAUGCUGUUUCCAUUGAUAUAAGACAUCCUGAUCAACGAAGAGCAGAAGAAGCAGCUCUUGCAGCAUCAAUUGUUAUUAGAGAUAUGUUGGACCCUGGAAAGACCUAUAUUAAAGUCAAAUAUGAUGCUUUGGUAUACUCCACUAGCAGGACUACAGAAGAAUGUGCUAUGUAAAUCUUUAUUAGCAAUCUCACUAGUCUAGAACUUUGCUUUCAUAGUGUGUUAUGUCUUUUAAUUUAAAUAUUAUAGUAAUAUGGUUGAGUACACAAUUCAA